UCAAAAUGAAAUGUAUACAUUAAAUAUGUCAAAAUUUCAAAAAAGCUAUGAAAUAAGGAAAUUCUAAAUGUUCUAUUUACAUCCGUUGGAAACAAUUAAAAAAUGGAACAAGUCCGCCUCUUAGUUCAGCAACAAGGCCGCGAAGCAAGAAACUUGUUGGCAUUCAAUAUUUCUGCUGGAAAUGACACUUUCCAAAAUAAAUUAGUCAGCAAACCACCACAGAGUACUCCCAAAUCUCUAGAACAGGCUAGUUUGAAAUCAAGUCACUUCAAUCGUGGUAGGACUCGUUUAAGAUCAGCUUCAACUGGAAGAGAUAAACGAUCAGAUAUCAGGGCUCGAUAUUGGUCUCUUUUAUUUGGCAACUUGCAGAGAUCUAUAGCGGAAAUUUACAACACUGUUGAGACCCAUGAGAGUUUAACAGAAUGUCAAGAAGUUUUAUUGGUGCUUGAGAAUUACUUGAGAGAUUUCAAUUCUUUGGCAGAAUGGUUUCGCUUGAAGUGGAGCUAUGAAAAUACACCAGCUUAUCAAAGACCCACAUCUGUUACAUGGGAUAUCUGUAAAACAAAUUUAAGUAAAACUUCAAGCAACCGUUCUGGAAAAUCUAGUCCUAAUCUUGGUUCUGGAAGAAACAGUCCUUCUAUAACAGGAAAAGUUAGUCCUAGAAUACUUCCAGCUAGGGUAUGUUCAGCACCUACUAGCCCUUUGCCUAUUGAACAACCUAUUAUAGAAGGACAAGUUAUAGAUAUUAAUAAUACUGUGUUGACUGAAGAAUAUACUUCUAUACAAAAAUCUGAAGUGGAAAGUGAAAUAACUGAAGAAUUUGCUGAUAAAAAUGAUCAAUCACUGAAUAAUAAUGUUAGUUCUAGAAUUCUUCCCCCUAGGGUAUGUUCUGCACCUACCAGUCCUUUGCCUAUUGAACAACCUAUUAUAGAAGGAAAACUUAUAGAUACUAAUAAUACUGUGCCGACUGAAGAAGAUACUUCUAUACAAACUUCUAAUAUAGAGAAUCAUAUUAUAACUGAAGAAGUUUGUUAUGAAAACAAUGAAUCAAUGAAUGAAAAUGAUGAAAGUACCUCAGUAAAUCAUCAUGUGGCCUCAAAUAAUCAGAAUAAUUCAGAUGAAAUAUCAGUGUGUUCAAAUGAAAAGCAGUGUACUGAAGAAGUGGAAUCCAAUGGUAUUUCAACACAAGAUAAUGAGGAUUCAAGCAAAUUGAAGCUUUCUAAUUUGAAAGCUGAAGCCAAAAAAAAUUUAGAUUCUCCCAGUGAAGAUCAUCAAACCUAUGAUAUUUUUAGAAAAGUUGGAGUUGAAAGUGCAGAGAAGUGGACAAGUACAGAUGAUGAUUUUCCAAAACUUAUUUUGAAACGUCGUGUAGUGAAAGUAAAUCAGGAAUGCCAAACUGAUGAUUCAGAUAAGAAAAUUAGUCCUAAGACCACUCAAACUGAAAAUGCUGAUAAAAAAGUUGUGAAAACCAACAGACCCGAUAUUGUGAGGAAUAAUAAACCAAGCAACCCUAGGUUAGCCUAUUCAACAGCUUUAACAAAAAGUGCUUCAGCUAAAAUAGUUUCUAAUCAAAAGCCAAAAAUUGAAACUAAGUCCUCUACUUCUGCAUCUCCUAAACCUACUCGAAUUAUUAGACCUUCACUUAAUAACACCAAACUUUCCACUUCAAUUCCAUUGAGGAGUAAUUUUGCUAGAAGUAAAACUGUUGGUGAUAUGAAAGCGUCAAGCUCAUUCCAGAAAUCUAGGAUUUACAUCAGGAGUGAACCUUUGGUAUGUAGUAACAAAGCAAAUUCUACAAAAUCAACUCAAAAACCUACCACUCUCAUUGAAGGUAGUACCAAUUUGUCUACCGAACGAAAAGAUAAUUCUCUUGCAUCAAAUGAUUGCACAAGUUCUGUUGAAACUUUGGUGAAUCAAGGCAAGUCCAUUGAAAAUGUGAACAGUUCUUCAGAAACCCUGAAUAAUGAAAAUGUGAGGUCUGAUAAAGUAUCAGCUGAUGGUUGGUUGACUGUGAAAAGUAGAUCUAGGUUUAAGAAUUCCUCUGGCAAAAAACCCUCACACAACUGGUCCACAAGAUUUAAUCAAGUCAGUGCCACUGCUAGUCUACCAGCAUUGGCUCUGUUUCCAGAUUCUAGGGAAGGAGUAAAAUGUCAAAAAUCUAUCGACAAAGAUGUAAAAAACGACUUAAAUAGUUUGAAAUCGUUGAAACAUAUUUCAGAAAAGAAAAAAGGUUCAUUAGUUAGAUCUCAUACAACACUCAGUAAACUUCCAUCAAAAAAUGUUUUAAUGGAGAAGAAAAAUGAAGCCAAUCUGCAAAUUAAAAGCUCAAUUCAAAAACGGAAUAUCAAAGAAGUAGAAAAGAAAGGAAGUGACGGUGACUCUGAAACUGAUGAUGAAAAAUACAAGGAAUUAACUCAAGAAGAUCUUGCAACUGAAGAAGAGCAUCAGAAAAAAGCAAAACAGUUGUCUGAAGAAGAAGACAGACUAACAAAGGAAAUCGAAAAGUUGGAGGGUUUAGAAAUUGAAGUAGAUACAGAGACUGAUGGUACUGAAACAGAUGGAGAGCUUCAAUGUGAUAACGAUGAUGAGAAUGAAUCAACUAGAAGAGUUUCCGAUUGUGGAGAUAUGUCUUUAGAGGCUAGAUAUGAACCCAUGUUAGCAGAGAUGUCUUGGAGUGAUCGUAUAGAUACCCUAGCUGCUCUUGAAGCUUUGAAUGCCAGGUACCCAGGUCGUGCUCAUGAACUACACGAAAAGCUUUCCAACCCUUCUCGUAAAAGGAGCCUUCAAGAAACAUUGAGAAAGUAUCAGGCAAAACAAGCCCGAGCACAACAAAGAAGGCAAGACCUACAGCAAGAGAAAUCACAGAAAUUGCAGGCGCUCUGGGCUAGAGUGGAAGAUGUUAAAGCUGCAAAAUUACUGCUAAUUGACGAAAAGAGGAAGAGGAUGGAAUUGAAACUUCAAAAAGCAGCACAAAAUAGGAAGAAACACAUCAGAGGAAUCAUCAAGAAAGCACAUGACGAAGAAGAAAAAUUGAAGGAAAUUGCAUUCAUUAAUGAAUUAGAAGCUCAAAAUAAAAGGCAUGAUUUCCUUCAAUCUUGUCGUGAACAAAGAGGCAGGAUUCAAGGAAUUCAAGAAGAUAGAAGGAAAAGGCAAGAAGAAAAAGCAGCUAAAGAAGCAGCAGUCGAAGAGAGAAGAAAAGCCCUUGAGAGACAGAGAAAUGAAAGACUGAAUAGGUUGCAAGAUGAGAGAAGACAGAGAGAUAUGAGGAUUGGACAGCAACAGCAGCAGAGAGAGAGAGAAAGACAAGAAUUAGCAAGGGAGAAAGCCCGGGAUAGAGAAGAGAGAUUAUCUGCCUUACAUGCUCAACAGUUAGCAUCGACACAAGAGCUACAAAAACGGAUUGAACAAAAACAGGAAGACUCAAAGAGAAGACAUGAAGAAAAUAUGGAGCAGAUCAGACAAAAAGCUUUAGAAUUAUCUAUUCAUAGAUGUCAUGUUGAGGAUAACCAAGCUCCUAAUAUAACACCGUAUCCAACUCAGAAAUUGUGUACAGUUUGUAACGUCUUGAUCAAAUCGGAGGUUUAUCUCAUGAGCCAUUUGAGGGGCCGAAGUCAUCAGGAAGCAAUAAAAUUAGCAAAUUCAGGCAGUUCUACUUUCACCGCCAACGAACUUGAACAAUAUAACCUCAAACAGAUUGUUGAUGCACCAGCCGGUAAAGAAGAUCCCAUUGUUAUUGCUGCAAAGGAACGAGCCAAAGCCUAUCGAAAACGAUGCAAAAAAAUAAGACAAAGGAUGACUCUAAAAGGAGCAGAAUAUGAGUCGACACAUACGUUUGAAAAUGUGGAUUGUGCAAACAAAAGGAGUCUUCUUAGAAAUAUAACUACCCUAUGCAGCAUAAUAGGUCAAGCUAGCCAGGGGUUGUCACCUGCCAAUGUUGCUCAAUUGGACAGAAUAUUGAAUGAAAUCAAUAGGAUGGUCACCAAGGGGAACCAGAACGAUUAUUUGGUCUUCCAGUGUGGAGGAGGAUUUGGCGCACUGGCGAAAUUGUUAACAAUGGGUCAAGACACAAACACAACGAUUCCAUCCAAAACACUGACAAUAUGUUGCAAUUUGUGGCAAUUACUGUGCAAUGAGACGCCAGAAGGUAUCAAAAACUGCAAAUAUGUGAUUAUGAGCAACAAAAUAAUGCCUGCCAUAGAUCUCCUCAAUGUGAAGCUGCAGCUUUGGUUGGACGCACACGAUGUAUUCUAUCUACGACUGAAAAAAUGCGGAAAGAAUGUCGAGAACUAUGAAGAAUCCCUGCCCAGUGAGCCACUGUCGACGUCACUGAUGAAUUUGCUGGCCGUCAUUUUGAUAAAUGUUUCUAAGAAUGCUCCGGCGAAUAGGGUGCAAGAUGUAGUUAGUUUCGCGGUUUGCGUUGGUGUGGUUGAACAGUUAUCAAAAUGUUGCCUGGCAGUUAGAGGCCCAGUCCACGACGUUGCCCCUGCUUGUGCCUUCCUGCUAGCAACUCUCAAGUUCUUGGCAGCAUUAGCUCGUAAUUGUCCUGAGGAUUCAGACCCCACUCAUUUGGUGGGAGCUCUUCACGGCACCGAAUUGCUGGGCUGUGUAUCCAUGCUUUACGGGUCCUUACUACCCCCAGAUUCGAUGUCUAGAUGCGAAGGACAAGUUCCUCCAGUGAUACCCACCAUGUGUCUUAAACUUGCUCAUAUGACUUUCUACUUCCUGAAACGUAUUGCCGAAUUGGAUUUGAAGAAAUUUCAAGAAGUCUUGGGUGCCGAAGGUAUUUCACUGCAGUUCCGUCACAUUGCCAGUCACCUGAUUUGGAGUUGUGCAUCUACGAAUAUCAACGAUAACGAUGGAAAAGAAUCCGAAGAAGAUUUGAACCAAACUCUUCUACAUGAAGUUAUCGUUGUUACCGGAUAUUUCGCAGUGAACAACUACGACAACCAGAUGCUACUGGUGAGUGGGCAGCCGCCCACAGUAUUGCAGCAGUUAUGUUCUCUACCCUUCCCGUAUUUUUCGGUGGAAUCCCUAUCAGAAAUUCUCUUUCCCACCCUUCUGGCUUGUUGCGUGUCUAACCCUAACACUACUGUGAUACUUCAGCAGGAGCUUUCAUAUGAUAUAUUGGACGAGUACCGUAAGUCUGAAGCAGGCCAGGUGAAUCGACUAGUUAAACUUUUAGCUAAGGAAAAAUAAUUCCAUUUUGUAUGAUAUCGAUAUAUUUCGCAACUUUUCAGAAUUCAUUUAAGUUGUAUUUUACAUACCUUUCAUUCCGAUUGCUCGAAUAUUCAAAAAGUAAUAAAAUUCUUCCCAGUUUUUUAGACGUUGGACUUCUGAUUGCAACGUUGGUUUUUAUCGAACAUUUACGAUGAAUCAAGCUAAAAAUGUAUUCUACACGAUAAAGUUUUAUUUGCUUCGAUUACGUUGGAACUUUAUUGGAAUAUUUUCAGUUAUACGGUGAGUUUCAGGUACACAUAUUUUGGAUACCUAGCGGACAGGCUACUAUUCCGAAAGAAAUUUAUUUCGUUCAUUGAUCAGAUAUGCACUCGGAACGUAACAUUUAUUUUUUGACGUGCUUUGAAUAUUUUAAUCGUUCCGCUAUAAACCGAAGAUGGAAAAUUGCACAGAUUUUUUCGUAACUGCUUUCUUCAUCGACUAACAGUAGAUUUCUCUACUAAUUUUGUAAUGAAUGUAUUUGUGCUUUAAUUGUGAUCAUUUUUAGAUAUAAUACUAGUUUGUGAUUCAGUAAAAUCUAUUUUUUUUAUUGGAGAAAUUAAUCACUUGUGAAAUGUAUUUUUAUUGAUGCAAUAAAAUAUUGAGAAUUGGUA